AGAAAGGUGAUGUUCGUUACGAAAGUAACCUGCAAACGCACUGGACCAAUACCAUACAACCAUGGUCGUGGUGUUGCUGAAUGAGUUCUUCGUUCGUACAACACACCGGCAUUUCUUGAAUUUACUUUAGGUUUAAGUUGGCUGAUUGAUUGAGCGUUUAUACCCUGAAUAACACUUGUGUAACCACUGAAAUGUGUUAUAACUGACUUGUGUAAGCUUCGCUUUGUCAUUGAUGUUAACAGCCUCAUCUCGCCAGACGUUGGUCGUUUAAGAUUCGGUUCAAUAUGUUUCAUAUGCUUCCCAAAGUACGGAUGCCAAUGACAUUGGCAUUAGCCAGAGGAUUUCCUUCCUUGGCGAGCUGCAGAUCUCUCUGCCGCCAUCAGAAUCGGACCUUCUCAACACAACAAUCACUUGUCAGGGUGUUGUACGAUGGACUUUGUCCCAUUUGUGUGACAGAGAUACGGUUCCUCCAGUAUUAUCAGAGAAACAAAGCAGAAAAAGUCACAUUUGUUGACAUCUCACUUCCUGGUUAUGACGGAGGAGAGUUCGCAGGGGUCAGCUACGACACGGCCAUGGAUGAGAUGCACGUGAUUGAUGAAAGGGACCAGGUACACCGUGGGAUCCCAGCGUUCUCAGUCAUGUACGGCGCCGUCGGCCUGGGCUGGUUGGGGCGCUUCAUGAUGUGGGCCCCUUUGAGGCCCUGGAUGGACAAAAGCUACGCCAUCUUUGCCAGGAAUCGCCUGAAGUGGACUGGACGUGGGGAUGAGUGCCGUACCGGAAGCUGUGCAAAGAAAACACGUUGAUCGUUUGGAUGGCAGUUCGACUAUUUAUGGGAUGGAUUACAAAACUGCUGGGCAUCUGCCACUAGAUGACAAUGAAGGUUGGAAAACAAGCUGUCGCAAUAAAAUGCUAGCAAAGUGAUGAAAUGUGUUUUUGAAGGAAAGCAUUUUCAAGAAUGACAACAUUUGAAUGCCUGAUGUUGAUUAUACUGUGGCAUUACCUUGGCCAACACAGAAUGGAAUCAACAACGUCAAAUCGCACCUUUGUAUGGUUUGUGCAAUAAAAACGUCAGUAAUGCUGUAACACGAGUGA